UUCUAUCAAAAUACUUCACGUGCAUAAAAUGUAUUUCUUCAUUGCCAUGUUUUUUUUAUGUAUCCAGAUUGUCUCUAAAGCAAUAUAUAUCUACGUUGACUUCUCAAACUUCCAGGUCCAAUACCAUCCACCAUUGGAAAUCUAACAAAUCUGGUUACUUUAUCGCUCUCUUCCAACAAAUUAAAUGGUGAGCUUCCAUCCUCCAUCUGCAACUUGACAUCCCUUCAGCUUCUUCUACUCUCAAAUAACAGUUUGGAAGGGACAGUUCCACAAUGCUUUCGAAACUUGAGAAAAUCAUUGUCCAUAUUUCAUUUAAAUGCAAAUAACUUUAGUGGCCCCAUUCCAUCAAUAUUUAUCAAAGGGUGUAGUCUUCAGUCCAUCAAUUUGAGUGGUAAUAAAUUGCAAGGAAGAUUACCCAAAUCCUUAAUCAAUUGCAAAAGUCUGAAGGGUCUUGACGUUGGAAAUAAUAGAAUACAAGAUGAAUUUCCGUUUUGGAUGGAAGCUCUUCCUGAGCUUCGAGUGCUCGUCUUGAAGUCUAAUAAGUUUGAAGGUAACAUGUCGCUGCCUUCCCUAAGCAACCUUCCAUUUCCUAAGCUGCAAGUUUUAGAUAUAUCAGAGAACGAAUUUGUGGGCUCUCUACCUCAAAAAUAUUUCAAGAGUUUCAAAGCAAUGAUGGAUGUGAAGGAAAAUCAAACACCAAGUGAUGAUUACGCAUUUCAAGCUCGUUUUUUCGAGAUGAGAACUACCUUGAAAGGUUUGGAUCAGUUAUUGAAGAGAUUGUUGAAAACCUUUACAACCAUUGACUUAUCCUCCAACAAUUUCUCUGGUAGUAUUCCAGAUUCCAUAGGUAAUCUGAAUUCUUUGAGAUACUUGAAUUUGUCGCACAAUAAUCUCAUGGGACACAUACCUGCGUCUCUUGGAAAUAUAAGUGUGCUUGAAUCACUGGACUUGUCUUCGAACAAAUUGGAUGGAGGAAUUCCAAGUGAAUUGACAAGCUUGACAUUUCUUGAGAAAUUAAACCUUUCGAUGAAUGAUCUCGUGGGACAAAUACCACAAUCUAAUCAGUUUUCCACAUUUGAGAAUGAUUCAUACGUGGGAAACUUGAGAUUGUGUGGAGUUCCGUUGACGAGAAAAUGCAACGAGGAGAAUGCAUGGGCAGCAGAUGCAGCCAGAAGAAGAAGAAGAAGAUGAUGAGUAUGGAUUUAUAGAUGGAUUUGGUUGGAGAAGUGUGGUGAUGGGAUAUGGCAGUGGAUUCAUAGUUGGAAUUGGAAUUGGAAUUGGUUACAUUAUCAUUAGAAAAGCAAGGCCAAGAUGGUUAGUGGAAUUCUUUUUUGGUGUUGGAUAUAAUAAGAAGAAGAAGAAGAGACGCAACACAGCAACACCAACACAGAGGAGAAGUUGAUACAACAUGAAAAAUUUAAAAGCUUGUUCGAGUUAUUUUGAAUCUUUGUAUCACACUUUUUCUUCAGUUUGUUGUAAUUGUUUCUUUUCUUUCUUUCUUUUUCUUUUUUUGUAUUUAUUGCUACUUAUGUGGUCGUGCUUCAAUUGUUUCUUCUCUUUCUUUCUUUUUCUUUUUUUGUAUUUAUUGCUACUUAUGUGGUCGUGCUUGAUUAUUGACACAUGAUAUAUAAUUAUAUAGGAGUAUUUUUUAUUAUUAAA